CAUUACUGUCUAAUUUCACCCAAAAAUGAAAAAGUUUCUUAAUUAAUCCCAAAUUAUAACAUAUAAUGAUCAAAUUUUAAAACAAUUCUACUCCAAUAAAGAAAUUAGUUCUAGCUUCUUCCAGCUUUUUCUUUACUAAUCCAAUUAUAAACCUAAGAACCAAAAAAAAAGAAUAUGUUAGCAAAUUCCCCUCUAAAUUUAAUAUCAAAACAAGAAAAUGAAAAUCAUGCAUUCGAUUUCCGAGCACCGCCUCCGUCUCCGAUUGGAUCGAGUCGGCGAGCUUCAUCGGUGGCGAACGACGAGGUUUUAACAGAGUUUCUAGAGCACUCACUUCGGGUACCCGAUCUUAUACUUCCGGAUCGGAUUUUCCCACGGCAAAAUUCUUUUAGAGAAAUCACAACGGUUGAUUUUAAGUUAAUAAGUUCUAAUGAUGAUGGUAUAAUUGAGAAGAUCCAGGAUACUUUCUCGGAAAUUGGGUGUUUUCAGGUGAUCAAUCACGGGAUUUCCCGGGAGUUGAUCAAGUCGGUGGUAAGGCGGGCAGGCCGGGUUUUUCGAUUGUCCUCGGAGAAGAAGAGAAUGGCGGUUAAAUUGCCAGAAAUCGGGUUCGGGUUUGAGGAGGUGAGUGGGGAAGUAGAAGAUGUUAGUGAAAUUGGUGAAGAAUUUGUUUGGGGCAAGAGUUCUGAAUUUAAGUUGAAAAUGGAGGGAAUUUGGCCAACUAAAUUUUCAAAAUUCAGUGAUAAAAUGGAGAGCCUAGCAUCUUUAAUUGAGAAGAUUGGAAAGGAGAUUGUGUUGAAAUUGAUUGAUGAUGAGAAUGAUUCAGCGAAAAAUGGUAAAUUGUCAAAUGAUGAUAAUAAGAAUGGUUGUGUAUGCCACAUGUACAAGCAUCCUCAUGAUGUAACAGCUGAUGAAUGCAUAAGCUCCCUUAGAUAUGAUGUAAUAAGGAUGAUGAUCAAUGGAUCAGAUUAUUCACAUGCAUUAUCAUUGCAUAUUUGUGAUGCUUCUUCUGAGUUUCAUGUUUACUCCAAGAAAGGAUGGAUUUCUUUCACUCCAUUACAAAAUGCUUUGGUUGUCACUGCUGGGGAUCAAAUUCAGACUUGGAGUGGUGGACGAUAUAAGCAAGUGAUUGGGAAACCAAUAUAUACAAGCAAAACUAAAGAUUGUGUAUCUCUGGCUUUCCUUUACUCUCCUACUAAUACUACUACUACAAGUACAAAAUCUACAGUUAGGAAUGUGCACUGCCAUGAGAAAGGAGAAAAGACUAUUUCAUUGCGACAACAAGCACUUUUUGCCAUAGUUUUCACCAUUGCAUGUCAGUUUUUGCUUCAUAUUUACACAAGAUUAUCACAUCCUUAACUAAUCCCUUGGAUAUGUGUAUGGUAUUUAUGAGAAUUAUGGGUUAGGCGAGUAAGAACUUUUCUUUAAUCUUUGUGAUAGGUGUUUGAUUCUCACCACUUACAGUCAUAUUGAUCAAAUCCCUCUUCCUCACUUGUUGGGAUUCUUUAGCUUACUCCCCAAGAAGUUUAUAAUAUUUAUGAGAAUCAUAGGUUAUCUUAUUGGUUAAGAGCUUUCCUUUUACCCUUGUAAUAGGGGUUUGAUUCUCACUGCUCAUAGUUGGAUUGAAUCCCUCUGCCUCGAUCACCGAUAGGGAUUCUUUAUUUUACUUCCGAAUAAAAGAAAGUUUAUGAUAUUUAUGAUGAUUCCUUCAUUCACUAACCAAUCUUUUGUUUUUAUAGUUUGAGUAUUGGAAAGUGUAUUUGUGGACUUGCAAUUUUGUUUCAAUUUGUUAAGUGUUACUAUUGCAGCGUUAUGGAACAUGGAUUGUAGUAUGAUGGAGAAUUAUAUAUGGUUGUUUGGAUGGC